GGGUCACCGGCACCGGGAGGGGCCGCUGCUCGGGGCUGGAGGAAAUCAAAGUGAUCCCAGCUCAGCAAUAAUUAAUAGGAACCUUAUCUGGCUGUGAUGAUAUAAAGAGGGGUACGUCUCCAUGGUUACAACAUCCUGACCUGCAAACACACACUCACCUCGGUUCAGACUGGGAAACAUGCACCGGUCGUACCAGCCGUUCAAACCCGUCACCAACCGAUACCUGCAGCAGCGAUGGGACCAGAGCGACUACGACAACCACCGCAGGAAGGUAAGCUCCGCCCUCCCUCUAGUGGACACCAGGGGCACCAGCACACCAGCUCACAUCCAGCUCAAACUGAAGAAGCUGCAGCUGCAGGACGAGCGUCUGUCCACCAUCGACAGAGACAACCGUCUCCUGGCCUCCAGGCUGGCUCACAUCGUCUGCUCUAAAGGUCUCGUGGACAAUCACAACCAGUACCACCUGAGGAGUCUAAACGCUGACAAGAGGAGGGAGGAGCUUCUGCUGGUUAGUCGCCAGAAUCAGGCCAUCUACCAGCGGAUCACGUCCCGCCAGUCGGAGUAUCGCCGCCAGCUGUGGUUGGACGACUGGGAGAGGGCGGCGUGCCGGCAGGAAAACAUUUCCCAGUUCCCCAGAGGCCUCACAGAAAAACAGCAGAGGUCAAACAGAAAGGUCACGUUCAGAGCCGUGCAGGACGGCGUGCGACCAGCGGGUUGCAGCAAGGCCAAGGCCAGGGAGCUUGAGGGAGGAGCCUGAAAGACAAACACAC